CCGAGUCACUGUUAAAAAGGCCUCUGGGGCUUCGUCCCAACUUUCAAUAAAGCCUCACAUCCUCUCUGCCUUCUUCCUCCUCCACCUCCUCUGUUUUCUCACUCUCACUAACCACUACAUCUCGAUACUGCUGGGUGCCUGUUUAGUCUCUACGUAGCACCAGCAAACACAGCUGGGCUCGCCAUUAUUAUACCUUCACCGAGCAGCAAAACCCCCUUAUCUCAGACCCAUCAAACCCCACUUUCUCUCUCUACUUUUUUCUCCAAUUCACUCUCUGUUCUGCUAUUUCAAGGACUACCCAGAUGGACGAUACGUUAGACGCUGCGUUUUGGCUCCCGACCCAGAUUCUCAACGACGACGACGCACCGGCCAUGGAGCUCAACUCAAAGACCAAUAAAAGUGGCGGGUAUGGGUUUGAUACUGAUGCUCCGAAAGCUCUGUUCCCGUUUGAGUUUCCUUACGGCGGCACUUUUGGGGUUUCAUCGGAUUUCAUUUCGCCGGUCGAGUCGAGCGAGACUGAGAGCGACGAGGAAGACUACCUCGCUGGGUUGACCCGCCAAAUGGCUCGCUCCACUCUCGACGACGAGUUCAAGUACCCCGACUCUGCUUUCGCCUCCAAGAAGCCAAAGGGUUGGGUCGCUUCUGGUUCUCCCCAGUCGACUCUCUGCGCAGUUGGCAGCGGUUGCGGUUGCGGACAGGGCUCGAGCCGCGGAAGCCCGAACGCCCAGUCGCCGCCGGCCACCUGGGAUCUGCUGCAUGCGGCUGCAGGGGAAGUAGCCAAGAUGCGCAUCAACCAAAGCACAGGCCUCCUGGGUCCUCCAAGAAAGCCUUUCCCUGUCUCGGUCCCCACCAACCACCACCCAGAUGCUGCUUAUUACUACCACCAGCAAUCGCUUUCUCACAAGCACUUGCGAGCCGCUCAGUUUAAGCUGUUGAGGCAGCAACAGGUGAUGAAGGAGCAGAACGCAGCGGUCUGGGGAGCACAAACUCGAUAUCCUCCGGCGCAGACUCAGCCGCAGCCCCACCUAAACCACCAAACCAGAGCAAGAAACAACACUCCCAACAUUCUCAAUGCUCGGCCUCUGGGUUUGUCGCCAUCUGCAUGGCCGCCUCUGCAACAAGCUCAGCAGCAGCAACAGUACAACAAAAACGGGUCCGGAUUCAGAGCGGUUUAUAUCGGAAACCAAAACCCAUCUGCGAAAGUUGAGCGUUCCGGCACCGGCGUCUUCUUACCCCGCCAAGUCGGCCCCCAAUUCGAACCCCGCAAGAAGCAAGUGUGUUCCACAGCUCUACUCCCAGCUAGAGUUGUGCAGGCUCUGAACUUGAACAUUGACGACAUGCAGCAACAGCCCCAGCUUCAGCGUCGUUUUAAUGGCAGAUUGAACUCUGAUUACGAGGUUGCUCUUCAGCUUCGGAGUAAGGCUGCUGCCACCAGAACCGCCACUUUGCAGCAGAAGCGCAAUAUUUGGCCGCAGCCGGCAGCGAGCAACGAGAUUAGGCUCCCCCAGGAGUGGACUUACUAGGGUUUUGUUUGAAUUUUGGGAAUUUUAGGGAGCAAAUUGGAAGGAGUUUAGCAAGAAAGGAAAUGCAAGUUUGCAAUAGGUUUUUAAGGGGUUUUAUUUUACCAUAGUAGGAGGUUUUAGUACAGAAGAAAAUAGUAGUUUUUGAGAAGGACAGGACAGCAAAACAGGUUGGAGAAGAAGAAAAUGUUUUUUGGAUUAGGGUUAGGGUGAAAAAUAAAAAUGUCUACUUUGAUCAAAAGGGGAUAUGGUACAAGCUGCUGCAUUUGCCAUAGCAGCAUAAGCAGAAGCAGAAAAGCAGAAGCAGCAGGCAGCUUUUGUUCUGGUGGUCAUAUUUGACUGGACUGUUGUCCCUGUUUUGUAUUAGUCCGUGGGAUAACGUUAUGUUUGGGAUCCCAGAAAAUUAUCAGUGAAAGUUGUAAAGGGUGAAGACCUUGUUUGGAUUCCAACCUAAUCCAGUCCACCCACCAUGGCUAUGCAAGUGCAAAUAGUAUUAAUAAUAAAAGAAGAUUCUAUGUAAAUGCAACUUCCACUGUUUUUCUUUGAUUAUUUACAGUUAUUAGUAUUAAUAAUAAAAGAAGAUUGUAUGUAAA